AGCUCCGCACGCGAGCACUUGCAGCCGGGAGCCACCGGAACCCUCCAGAUUCGGCAAAGAACGCCAUCCGCCGCAGCCCUCCGCGGACCGAAAGCAUGGGAACCGGAUUCCUUCGCGAUUGGAAGCGCCGCCCGCGCCUUUUCCUCCGCGCUGCUCCUCCCCUGCCACAGUGUCAGCCGCGAGAGGGAAAGCCGCGCAGGCGCUGGGCCGUCGCGGAGAGGACUGGAGGAUGGGCCGCCUGGCGUCGCGCUUGCUGCUCCUCUGCCUUUGCUGGGGCGCCUGGGAGCGCCUUCCGGGGACCGAGGCCGUCCGAAAGCGAGGACCCACCGUGACCGCUAAGGUUUUCUUUGAUAUACAGAUUGGUGACAGAAAUGCUGGCAGAAUUGUAAUUGGCUUGUUUGGAAAAGUAGUACCCAAGACAGCAGAAAACUUCAUUAAACUUGCAACUGGAGAGAAAGGAUUUGGUUAUAAAGGAAGCAAAUUUCAUCGCGUAAUCAAAGAUUUUAUGAUUCAGGGAGGUGACUUUACAGCUGGAGAUGGUACUGGAGGAAGAAGCAUCUACGGAAAUCGGUUUCCUGAUGAAAACUUCAAGCUGAAGCACUAUGGCAUUGGCUGGGUCAGCAUGGCAAAUUCUGGCCCAGACACUAAUGGUUCCCAGUUCUUCAUUGCUGUAACAAAGCCUGGCUGGUUAGAUGGAAAACAUGUAGUAUUUGGAAAAGUCAUUGAUGGAAUGUCCGUAGUACAUGAUAUUGAACUUCAGGCAACAGAUGACUAUGACCAGCCUCUUCAGGACUGUGUGAUCAUUAACAGUGGAAAAAUAGAUGUAAAAGAACCUUUUGCGGUUGAAGUAGAUGAUUGGAGAAGUUGACAGAAAUAGCAGCAUCUGAGCUGCAAUCACUUCUGGUUAUCACUGUGUGAGGCUUCUAUCAGAAAAUACUUUGCAGAGACUGUACAACUUGACCUUGCAGGUAACAGAAAAUACCUGGGUAUUAAAUGAGGAAAUGCUAUGAUAUUCUCUUUCUAGGGUAAAACAUUUCAUAGGUGUUGAUUUAAAGAGAUUGACAGAGAUGUAUACACUGCAAAUGUUUAUAUUGUUCUUUGUUUAUUAGUAUCCAUCUUACAAAUAUUUUUAACAUCUUUGCCUAGUAAUUUUAAAAUUUUGAACAAAAACCCUCCUUAUUCAGCUGGCACUUCUAUAAAACAUAUUGUGUGGAUUUCCUAAUUUAUGAAUCUGAAAAUAGACAAGGAAGAAUUACCAUGUAAUUGAACAAAUUAUACUGACAUGACAAAUACCUUGCAUCAUACCUUUCAACAAUACAUGGAUAUCAUUUAUUAAAAGACUUCACUUCCAACUUUAAAUUUUGAAUUUGUCAAAAUGCAAAAUAUGUUAUUAUUAUAGUUACAUAUUAUUUUUUAUAAUUUUAUCAUUUAAACCUUGUUUACUUACUUUAUGUACAAAUAUUAAACCACUGGUGAAAACCGUC